AUGCCUACCUACUUCGCGCGCGGCGUCUCCGUGCGCCUGGGCGCAAUUACGCUCGGCGAUACGACUACAGCAAAGAUCAUACUUAGAAAGGGUGAGGCAGCCAAGCAGCAGUCUGCGUUAGCUGAAAAGAGGCUGUUGGGGAGCAAGCUGUUGAAGGAAGAGCAGGUGCCUUUCCCCGGUGAUGACGCCGCCUUCAAGCUCAACUGGCUCGCACAAGCGCCUUUCAUGCAGACCCGGGUCGGGAGUGACAUAUACGAAGAGGAAGCUCCGGGGGACGCACAGGGUGCGCCGAAGGAUGUCUCGCAGCGCACACUGAAAGCACUUACCCUCCACGUCAACCUCUCCGACCAGACCUAUGUCUCCGGCCUCUACAACCAGAGAACAUCGCUCAAGAUCGAAGUCUUCUUCAACGGAACACUCGCCGCAUGUUUGGCCAUGCCCAACUACGACGGCAAAUCUGGCUCGAAAGACCAUCACCAGGUUUUCGCGGGCACUAGAGUCGACUUUCUCGCUGAGCGGCCAUGGAUCAUUCUACCACCCGGAGUCGCCGCAGAUGGCAGUACUGCGAAGAAUAACACACCACCUUCGGUAGAACAGCGAUGGCAACACAUCGGCCAGGCGCUCCAAGCUGAAGCACGCGAGCGGGGUACCGACGAACAAGGCAGCAUUCCUCCUACUGCCGAGUUCCUCCGCGCGCUUGCGACAACGCAGAUGCCGGAGCAAGUGCACACUAUGCAGAGGCCAGGUGGAAAGACUUUCGGAGUCAUCGACGUAGUCAUCACAUCUGGAGAGGGUAGGAAGCUCACUAGCGGCGUCGGCUAUUUGAAGGCACCGAAGCGCAUGAUCGACGAGAGUUACCCGUUCGUACUUGGAGCCGACGGCAGUACUAUACAUCUGCGUGUCGAUGCGCCUAGCAAGAGUGAGAGUGACGCGGAACCUCAAGAUACCGUGGAGCCGAGCUCGGAGGUCAUCGACGUGGAUGCAGAAGGAGACAGCGAUCCAGAGUAUGGGCCUCAUAGAAAGAGACGAACUCUCCGGCCCGGAGUGCAGUCGAGGCAGGAUAUCUCACCUAUCUUGCCAUCAGCUCUAACCAUGGAACCCUUGACGCUGUCAAAUCCACCACUCGCCGGUGUCGGAUCAAGCAUUCCAGCACUGAUAGCACCAAACACUACAGAUGCAAGAAUUACGUCUUCACCAGUUCGAAGAAGUGCAGAUACCCCCAACACACCGCGUGCACUGGAGUCCGGACGAGCGCAUACGCACGACGCAGUACACAUCUCAGAAGCGGAGCUCACGUCGCGUGCAGGGUUCACUCCGAAGAUGAUGUAUCCAGAUCUGACCCCAAACUCGCACACGACUCACAUGCUUCCAUCACCAUAUACCAUUCAAUUCUCGGAUCCAACACUGGGAGGAGUCGCACCCAGUGAUCUCAUGCGGCAGAUACCGGGCGACAACGCUGGUCUGACGUCUAGUCCGCUUGAUCGCUUUCCCACGACUUUUCAGGGCCCAGGUUACCAGUACGCAUCACCUUUUCCUACACAUUUACCAGGGGUCAGACAAGCACCCUCAAGCCAUAGGCUGCAUGCGGGUUCUCUGCCUGGAGAACCACGCGGUGGCUUACCCGAAAGCCAAUACACGCGUCAAGACUAUACCAUGUCCGGUGUGGGGUCCAACUUCUGCGGAGCUCCCGAGAGCUACAAGCCAAACAUGUUACCACAGGUCGCAAACAUCCAUGGAUAUCAGGAAUCUCGGCCACCACACCUGUCAUUUCCGCCGUUUGAUCGCAGACUGUCCCUGCCGUUGCCGCCAGCAGCUCUGUACUCAGUACCUACAAAACCAAAACGAAGUGUCUCUCCGAAGAAAGCAUCUCCUCCAAAACAGUCAGUGAAGACAAAUUCCAAUAUCGUGGUCAGACGCUUGGUGGUCUAUGGGCAAGACAGAUUAAUUCUAGUGGAUCAUAGGUGGGAGCCUGAACUGCGUUUAGAAUUGGCUUCCAAUCGCCCCGCCCAGAAUUCGACUCGACAGGACAUAGUCCCAGGAGAUGAUGAACAGAAAAGAUCGGUUGAUUCAAUGAAGGCAAAUACCGACUUUCGCAGGUCAAAGAAAAGUACGGUCCGGAUGGGAACACCGCCACCUACAUCACCAUUAGAGCACGCGAAGACUGACCUGCCCCUCGUUAUCGACGACCAACAAGAGACCAGCGCUUUCCAACAGAAUGUUGUAAUUGAACAACCCGCAUCUACUGUCAAGAAAUCUAUCCCAAAGGGCGAACGACCUGAAGUGGAGGAGGUCAAGCUGCAUGGCGAUCAGCAGGGUGCUGACUCAAUCGACCAUAGUAUACAUGCAACCGAACCAAAACUCUUGCGUCGUACAACUUCUAGCAACAACAUUCUUGGUGUACAUGGCCCAAAGGCGAAUCCAUUCUGGUUCGAGGAUCCAGAAGAGAUUCUUCGUGAAGCAUCUGCGCGACUACGUCGAUCUCGCUCUUUCGCCAAACCGAGAAACAAGCCGGAUGCAGGACCAUCGUCCAAGAUCGCGGUACCGGUCGUCCAGAACUCUAAGAUCUGGGACACUGCUACAUCGUCCCCUCUUUCCAGCCUACAUACAACUCCUGAGCCUGAUAUGGACCCCAUUUCAUACACCCGGUCACCUCAAGCACCUAUUAGAUCGUCUCCUGCUCCUAUUCCGCAAGCAGAUGGCUCACCAGAACGCAAACCUUUGCGCGGAUCACGUCGCGGCAACGAAACCCCGUCACCAGUGAAGCUCACUUCAAUUCUGACGACACCUCAACUUGCGCGCCACGAACCCUCUACACCUCAAUCCUCGGCUACGAAGAAACGCAAGAACCUCCACCGCACCUUACCGAAAGAGCCUAGAAGUCCCACACGUUUGAAGACGAACAGCAACCCACCGCUGAACAGAGAUUGUGUCAUUGCGUACGCGGAGAGCAAGGACAAGAAGAACAAACAGGGCAUUCUAAGGCAGGUGAAGAGUGAGAGGCAGGGAGUGUUCAGCGAGAACGAUGUCGUUUUUGCGGCCAGGUUCUUUGUGGAGGAAUGA